AUGUCAGAUAGUGAGCAAUUAGUCCAAAUCCCUAACGAUGAAAUUCCUAACGAGACAGCGGAUCCAGCAUCAAUACAUUACACGCAUGAGCCGGCAACCAUUGCAGAUGAUGAUGUGACGAUCCACAGUGAUUCCAAUCCCAAUGUCUUCACCAUAUCAUCGCCGUACCAACCAAUAUAUCUGUCAUCAGUUAUCACGACAGCAGAAUUGGACAAAACACUGCCAUACUUGACGGCUGUCACUGAACUGUAUGGCAACGAUGCACAAGGAACGAAGUACCAUGAAGACGACAAACAAACUCACGACGGUCGUAUCAACCGAUUCGACAACAGCAUAUCGAAAUAUCACCGACGACACCGUCAACGAACCUCACCGUGGGAUAGUGGUGUAAAUGAAACUUAUAGUGCUUUUCGAAAUUCAUAUUCCGCAUCAUCAGCCGGAGGUAAUUUAUCACUUGCAUCUUGUAAUUCGUUGCAUGCAGCUAAUCCAGUCGUCUAUUGUCGUCUAUUUCGUAUAACUCCACGGUAA